AAGGAGGUAUGUAUAUGAGAACCCUUGUCAUAAAUCAUCGACUACAAUUCUCUCUCUCUCUCUCUCUCUCUCUCUCUCUCUCUCUCUCGUGUCUUGCUUUCAGAGCCCAAGAUGGAAGAGAGACUGGUAGAGGUGUCAAACCAAGAGGUACGCAUAGACUUCGAACUGAAUCUCAAAUGCCGUGCCAACGUGAGCCUCAGGUCUCUAAGCACCACCACCCCAAUAGCCUUCAAAGUCCAAACCUCAUCCCCUCACAAGUUCCUGGUAAGCCCACCCUGUGGCCUUAUCCUUCCUUCUUCCCAUGCUUCCUUCCAAGUCAUCCUCAAACCCCAAACCCAACUCCCUUCUUCUUUCCCUCGCUCUCCUUCUGAUCGUUUCCUAAUCAAAACCGCUCUCGCCCCUGAUCUCUCACCCUCCUCUGACUCCAUUGCUAUCAAUUCUUGGUUCUCCUCUUGCAUAGCCACCUUCGACCUCAAGCUCAAGAUUGCUUACCUGGGCUUCUUCCUCCUCCGCCACGCGGUCGCCGCCGGCGACAUCUAUGUCGUCAAGCAUAUAAUUAAGCGGCAGAAGUCUCUGCUCACCCAGCUCUCACUUCCAGAUGCCGAGUCACUCCUUAAAUCCGCCACCGAGUCAUGUAACUCGCUUUCCAUGAUUAGCUUGCUUUUAGAUUCCGGGUUGUGCGUUAAACCGGAUAGCAUCGAUGCUGAACCGGAGUCGAGAUGGACGGUUUACAAUGGAUGGACCGGAAUCCAUGUGGCGGCGGCAUUCGAUCGGACGGAGGAGCUUUCGAGAUUGAUAAGGAGAGAGGAAGGAGGUGGUCCGUUGGAUUUGGAUUGUAGAGAUGGGGAAGGUCGAACGCCGCUGCAUUUGGCGGCGAGUAGGGGGAACGUUGAGUGUGUUAAGUUGUUGAUAGAAGCGGGGGCAGAUAAGGAUGCUGAGAGUCAAGAUGGAAGGACAGCGUUGUACAGAGCAGCAGGCAAUGGGGAUCGUCAGAUGGUGUCUUUGCUAAUCAAGAUGGGUGCUGACCCCACCACCGUCACAGCUACUUCACCACUUGAUGUGGCUCGAGGAGAGGAACAUAAACAGGUAAUGGAUAUCUGCGAGAGAGGAGAAUCAGUGUUGAAAGCGGCAAGAAGAGGGGAGCUCAGGGAUUUGGAAUUACUACUGAGUUCAGGUGCCAUUACAAACUACCAUGACCAGUAUGGUUUGACUGCUCUCCACGUGGCUGCCAUCAAGGGACACAAGGAAGCUGUAUGCAUGCUUCUCGACCAUGGGAUGAUGAUGAAGGACUUGGAAUGCCAGGACAUGCAAGGCCACACACCUUUACAUUUGGCCGUGGAGGGUGGCAGCUUAGAGACUGUUGAUAUAUUGAUCAACAAGGGAGCCAACCUCAACACCAGGAACUGGAGGGGUCUGACCCCUCUCCACAUGGCUCGAGCUAUUGGAGAUGAUGCCAUUUCAACGCUACUCAUCAACAGAGGAGCCACCCCUCCGUCACCACCACCUUCAUCUUCGUCAUCGUCCUCGUCGAUUUUACAGUGACAAAGAUCCCCACACCCAAUCCCACCACGCCGACAACCCUUCCGAGUUCUGAUGUAUAGGUUCUAAAAACAAAGAUGUAUAGGUUCUAAAAACCAAAGAACAAUUCAUUUUACUGUUACCACCAAA